AUGAAUGGAUUUGGGGCACCGGGAGGAAGUGUAGCUGGAAACAACAAUUUUGGCGGGACAUUUGCUCAGCAGUCAGGCUUUGGAGGAAAUACUGGGGGCUUUGGGAUGAAUACCGCAGCAGCUGGGGCCGGUUUCGGAUCAAUGCAAAACUCAGCAGGGCCAAUCAUACAGGGUCAUCAGGGAUCCGGAGAACAGGGCCGCUUUGGGGACGGAGCUUUUGGAGGAAGUACUUUUGCUGGUGGAGGCUUUGGCUUCGGCUCUGCCACGACCACGUCGGCUCCUGCUGCUGGUGGCUUCGGCUCUGCCGCGCACACGUCGGCUCCUGCUGCUGGUGGCUUCGGCUCUGCCGCGCACACGUCGACACCUGCUGUUGGUGGCUUCGGCUCUGCCACGCACACGUCGACACCUGCUGCUGGUGGCUUCGGCUCUGCCGCGCACACGUCGGCUCCUGCUGCUGGUGGCUUCGGCUCUGCCACGCACACGUCGACACCUGCUGCUGGUGGCUUCGGCUCUGCCACGCACACGUCGACACCUGCUGUUGGUGGCUUCGGCUCUGCCACGCACACGUCGGCACCUGCUGUUGGUGGCUUCGGCUCUGCCACGCACACGUCGACACCUGCUGCUGGUGGCUUCGGCUCUGCCACGCACACGUCGGCACCUGCUGUUGGUGGCUUCGGCUCUGCCACGCACACGUCGACACCUGCUGUUGGUGGCUUCGGCUCUGCCACGACCACGUCGGCGCCUGCUGCUGGUGGCUUCGGCUCUGCCGCGCACACGUCGGCGCCUGCUGCUGGUGGCUUCGGCUCUGCCACGACCACGUCGGCGCCUGCUGCUGGUGGCUUUGGCUCUGCCACGCACACGUCGGCGCCUGCUGCUGGUGGCUUUGGCUCUGCCACGACCACGUCGGCACCUGCUGUUGGUGGCUUCGGCUCUGCCGCGCACACGUCGGCACCUGCUGCUGGUGGCUUUGGCUCUGCCACGACCACUUCGGCGCCUGCUGCUGGUGGCUUCGGCUCUGCCGCGCACACGUCGGCACCUGCUGUUGGUGGCUUUGGCUCUGCCACGACCACGUCGGCACCUGCUGUUGGUGGCUUCGGCUCUGCCACGCACACGUCGACACCUGCUGUUGGUGGCUUCGGCUCUGCCACGCACACGUCGACACCUGCUGCUGGUGGCUUCGGCUCUGCCGCGCACACGUCGGCACCUGCUGCUGGUGGCUUCGGCUCUGCCGCGCACACGUCGACACCUGCUGUUGGUGGCUUCGGCUCUGCCACGACCACGUCGGCGCCUGCUGCUGGUGGCUUUGGCUCUGCCACGACCACGUCGGCACCUGCUGUUGGUGGCUUCGGCUCUGCCGCGCACACGUCGGCACCUGCUGCUGGUGGCUUUGGCUCUGCCACGACCACUUCGGCGCCUGCUGCUGGUGGCUUCGGCUCUGCCGCGCACACGUCGACACCUGCUGUUGGUGGCUUCGGCUCUGCCGCGCACACGUCGGCACCUGCUGUUGGUGGCUUUGGCUCUGCCACGACCACGUCGGCACCUGCUGUUGGUGGCUUCGGCUCUGCCACGCACACGUCGACACCUGCUGCUGGUGGCUUCGGCUCUGCCACGCACACGUCGACACCUGCUGUUGGUGGCUUCGGCUCUGCCACGACCACGUCGGCACCUGCUGCUGGUGGCUUCGGCUCUGCCGCGCACACGUCGACACCUGCUGUUGGUGGCUUCGGCUCUGCCACGACCACGUCGGCGCCUGCUGCUGGUGGCUUUGGCUCUGCCACGACCACGUCGGCGCCUGCUGCUGGUGGCUUCGGCUCUGCCACGACCACGUCGACACCUGCUGCUGGUGGCUUCGGCUCUGCCACGAACACGUCGGCGCCUGCUGCUGGUGGCUUUGGCUCUGCCACGACCACGUCGGCGCCUGCUGCUGGUGGCUUCGGCUCUGCCACGACCACGUCGGCACCUGCUGCUGGUGGCUUCGGCUCUGCCACGACCACGUCGGCUCCCGCUGCUGGUGGCUUUGGCUCUGCCACGACCACGUCGGCGCCUGCUGCUGGUGGCUUCGGCUCUGCCACGACCACGUCGGCGCCUGCUGUUGGAGGUAACUUGGGCAAUUCGGCAGCUGCUGCGACAAGUGGGACUGCUAUGGGUACGUGCAAGUCAGCUGCCGCUGAGCUGAAGGGAAAAGCGCUCUUUUCGAUAUUGGCCCAGUUUGACAAGGAUUUUGCUAAGGACUACCGUGAAUUUCAGAAGCUGUCGCAGCACAUGCUUUUCCGUGACCGACAAAUUAUUGAUCGUGGCAAUGAGAUAUUAGCUUACAUUUCCCACUUGGACGCCGCAAUUUCUUCCGCGGAGGCAUCAAAGCAGAGACUUUCGGAGCUAAAGAGCAAACAGGGGGCUAUUGCCGCGAUGAUGCAACGUGUAGAGGAUGCUGUGCAGCCCAUAUAUGCGAAAGUGCGUCCAAACUUCACUAAGUUGGAUGAGCAGCGUGAGGCCACGUACACAGCGGUAAUUAACCUUUUUGAUGAGGUAGAGGCAUUCAGGCUGAGGUUGUCUCAAAGUGUGGCCCAACACAACCGUUCCCUCCGUCAGCUUCGGGAGUGUGAUGACUUAGAGAGGAUGGCGGGGCUUGUGGACUGCCAACUAAGUGCUUUAGAGAGGUGCUCCAAGCGGGCAGAAGAAUUGGAGUCUGAGAUGGACUUGCUACUUGGAAAAAAUUCCGCCAUGUGA